AGCCAGCCACCAAAAAAAUUCCUUUGAAUUUCUAUUGAAAAAAAUUUAAAAUUGAAAAAAAGAGAGUCUGUUUUCCAUUAUUCAAGUCUCUAUUAGAAGGAGUAAAGAAAAAGCUUGAAUAAUAUCAAUCUCUCUCCCCUCUCUCUAUCUGUAGUUAUAUAUAGAUACUGCUUAUACAAAUAUCUCAAGUUUCUUUUAUUUUUUUUUUUCCCUUUUCUUGGGUAGCUUCUUGAUCUUUAUAACUAUGGCUAAUGCUGCAUCUGGAAUGGCUGUGCACGACGACUGCAAGCUAAGGUUCUUGGAGCUGAAGGCAAAAAGAACUUAUCGCUUCAUUGUUUUUAAGAUCGAGGAGAAGCAAAAGCAGGUUAUUGUGGAAAAGGUUGGUGAGCCAGCCCAAAGCUACGAAGAUUUUACUGCAAGCCUUCCUGCUGAUGAGUGUCGAUACGCGGUUUAUGAUUUCGACUUCGUGACUGCAGAGAAUUGUCAAAAGAGCAGGAUUUUCUUUAUUGCAUGGUCUCCCGACACAUCAAGGGUGAGAAGCAAGAUGAUCUAUGCAAGUUCUAAGGACAGGUUCAAGAGAGAAUUAGAUGGUAUCCAGAUAGAGUUGCAGGCAACUGAUCCUACUGAGAUGGGUCUUGAUGUCUUUAGAAGCCGUGCCAACUGAAUACAAGGCUCCUAAAUUUCACAAUGGAGAGUUUCGUAUCCACUCUACUCUUAAAUGCAAAAUGUUUGUAGUUCAUGGGCUGUGAACCUGACUGAAUUAUGAUGUUGGUUUGUGGUUUGAGUUUCAACUUAUAGUCUUCUUCUUGAACAGGUCUGAUGAUUUUGAUUAUAUUGUUACAAUUUGUUAUGUACUGAACUUAUGCAAGGUGUGUGUUCUUUAUAGUUAUGUUCACAAUAUGUGAUGUAUCGGAAUCUGAUGGUAGGAGCAAACUGGGAUUUGUAGUUUGGAAUAUGAAAAUGGAUGUUUUUACUCUUCUCUGAA